AAGGAUAAAUAUCUAUGACACAUAAUGUAUAUAUACAUAUAUAUAUAUAUAUAUGUAUGUAUAAUAAUAUUAUUAUAAAAUAAGCGAAAUGUUUAGUACUAUCUUAAUACUUGGUUUAUUGAAUUUAUCUGAAAUUAUUACAACUAAUCUUCAUUUUUGCGAACCCGAUAAUACGGGAUUAAACAAAUGCCAUGAUGGUGGUUGCAAUAAUAAUAAUGUGUACGAUCAAGAAAAUAUUUGCUUAUGCAGUUUUUCUCAAAAUAUAAUGAAUGGAAAAUACUGUGGUAUUUAUGAAGAUAAAUGUACAAAAAAUCCAUGUGCUAACAACGGAAAGUGUAUAUCUGGCAUAGGAUAUUAUGUAUGUGAAUGCAACAAUGAAUUCUAUGGUGUUAACUGUGAAAUUCCUAUAAAAAAAAAUGAUACAAACAGUAAAAUAAGAAAACUUUCAUUAUUUUAUCGAAUUAAAUCCAAACAUGGAGAAGAAUUACAUUUAUUGCUUAUAGCCAAUACUUUUGGAAACGUUAACUAUAAUAUAACUAUUAAAGGCACAUUAAGUAAUUUUCGUUAUAAAUUGAAUGACUAUAAAAAAAAAAUAAAAAUUUCUGAUGCAAUUAAUUUGUGUUCAACAAAAUUGGAUUCUGAAGAAUUUAAAGUAACUAAUUGUAAUGGUCCUGAUAACUAUUAUUGUCAAAAUAUGUGCAACUUUAUCCCAAAGUUAUAUGGUCACGAUUGUGAAGUAGAAAUCGCACUUAUUGGCCCUUACUUUAAUACAAAAACUUCACUCAGAAGAGAAGAUAUAUAUUAUGACUUAUACAAUUCAACCAGAAUGGGUGGUAAAUAUACACUAGAAGUACAAUUAUACACCACAAACGAAAAUAGUAUUGAAUAUAAAAUCGAUUUUAUUCAAUUUAUAGUUGAUGACAUAACAUCAUUAUGUUUACCAGAAAUGGAAUAUUUCUCUUACUCAGGACAAGACACUGCUAUGUUUACGAAUGAACAAAGAGAAAGAAGUAUAGAAACAAUUUUUAGAAAUGUAUCUUGGACAAUGAAAGUUAAAUUCGUAUUGAAAAAACUAUGUCCAUACCAAAUUGAAGAUAUACAACAAAUUGUUUUGUGGAAAAUAUUUGAUAAUAAUAAAAUCAUUAACAGCUACACAUAUGAAAAAGGAGUCGCGUAUCUAGAUGAAAAACUGAUGUAUUUUAAUGAUUUGUUUAUUGAUAGUUAUAAAUUACCAAUGGGUAUACACUUAUUUUUCUUCGAAAUAUUUUUAUUCAACAAACUAACCGGCUCUAAAACAACAGACUUUUACUUGCGCUAUAUAGAUAUUCAAUUGCAUGAGUUAAUCGCUAAGAUUAGUGGACCAUCUCCUCUGUACUUGGGAAAUAAUUUGUUGACAUUAGAUGCAUCAGAAUCAUAUAAUCCCAAUGAAAAGGAUGGCAAAAAACAUUUACUAUAUACUUGGGAAUGUAAUAUUCCAGCUGAUGAUAUUUGUAAGAAAUCAACAUCAACAAAUACAAAAUUAAUCAUGAAUAAACGAUUAUCUGAAGAUAGUAAAUAUACUUUUACAUUGACACUGAGCGUCGAUAAUAACUAUAUAUCAACUACUGGAAAACCUAAGAAUGGAAUCGCAAAAAUUAUUGUUUAUCAUAAACCACCCACAACAACAACAUCAACAACACUUACUACGCCAAUUACACAAACGUCUCUUAAUCCAAUAACACAAACAUCUAUUAAGUCAACCACGCGAACAUCGCUUAAACCAACAACGCAAACAUCUAUUAAGCCAACCACAAAAACAUCUCUUAAGACAACUACACAAACAUCUAAUAAGCCAACCACUCAAACAUCUAUUAAGCCAACCACAAAAAUAUCUAUUAAGCCAACCACGCGAACAUCUCUAAAGACAACUACACAAACAUCUAUUAAGCCAACCACAAAAACAUCUCGAAAGACAACUACACAAACAUCUAUUAAGCCAACCACAAAAACAUCUCUAAAGACAACUACACAAACAUCUAAUAAGCCAACUACCCAAACAUCUAUUAAGCCAGCCACAAAAACAUCUAUUAAGCCAACCACAAAAACAUCUAUUAAGCCAACCACAAAAACAUCUCUAAAGACAACUACACAAACAUCUAUUAAGCCAACCACAAAAACAUCUCUAAAGACAACUACACAAACAUCUAUUAAGCCAACCACAAAAACAUCUCUAAAGACAACUACACAAACAUCUAAUAAGCCAACCACACAAACAUCUCUUAAGACAACUACACAAACACCUCUAAUUACACAAACAUCAAUAAAAACUACAUCAUCAACAUCAACUUCAACAAAAAUACCAGAGAAAAACAAAAAAGAAAUAAGUAUCAAAUGCAUCAAAAAUUGUAUGCCGUUAUCAAAUCCUUCAAAUAAUUUACAUUUGGAGGCAAAAAUAAAUUUCAUAGGAUACAAAUUUGAAUGGUACUACCAGUUUAAUGGUAUAAAUAUGAAGCCAGUGGACAACAUAGCAUUAACAGAUGUACCAACCCAUAUGCUUAUAAUAAAACGAAAUAAGUUGGAAUAUGGAAAAAUGUAUACUUUUAUUGUUAAAUACCCAAGAUAUACGUUGAUAAAUAAUCUAUCAGUAACAACUGUUCCAAAACCAAAAAUCGGAAAUUGUACAAUACAACCAUUAUUCGGCUUGGCAGGAAAAACAUUAUUUUCUAUAUCAUGCAUGCAUUUAAGCAACAAAAAUACGUUUCAAUACUAUCAAAAAAAUAAAAAUUAUAAAGCAAGUAGAGGAGUAUUAUUAGAUCAAGGAGAUAGAAACAUGACUAACUUCAAGUUAACCUCGUCCAACGACUUAAUUGUAAGAGUAAUAAAUAAAUAUGGCGCAUAUUCACAAACGCAUUUAAGUGUGAAAGUAUCAGACUGUAAUGCGCAUUUAUUGGAUAAAUUGUAUACAGAAUUAAAUAUGCACUUAAAGAAUAAAGACACUUCAAAAGCAGUAUCAAUAAUAUCAAUUUUGAGUGAUGUACUUCAUGAUAAUCAUAUUGAUGAAUUUAAAAAAUUGUUAAAAGCUUUAAACAAGAUUCCAUUAUUGAAUUGUAUUUCUAAAAAUAUUUUUUGUAUUGAUCAAUUUGUAUUAAUCCUACAAAAAGUUAUUGAAGAUUAUUAUUCAAUUCAUAAAGAUACAAUGGAAGUAACUGAACUUUUAAAAAUAGCGAAACAAUUGCUCAGAAUUGCUACGGCACUACUUGAAUACAUAAAAUCGUCUAAUGAGUAUUAUAGAAUGAUAGAAGUAAACAGAAUAGAAGAAAUAAAAAGAAAACUUCGGAAGAAUAUAUUUUUUAUCAUCGAUAAUAUAACAUAUAAUAAUACAAAUCCUGACAAUUCUGAACGUUAUCUUUGGUCAUCGUUUGAAAACUGGAACACAAUUACACAAAAAAUUGACAAUCUUAUAAAAUCAUUUGGAAAAUCAAUCAUACUCAACAUGGAGUCUUACAAUAGAAAAAUAACUUGUAUGGAUAACGAUUUCAAAUCAUGUCUUUUAUUGCCCGAAUGGUUCAAAAACAGGUCAUCUCAAUCGGAAUCAAAUUCAUUUUUAUAUGAUUUUAUUGGAGAAUCAUUAGCAGAUGAACUAUUAUUAAAAGGAGGAAACGUGGGAAUAACAAUUUUGCGCGUUGGAAAAAAUUUAAUGGAAACAUUUAAUGAAAUAAAAGGGAUUCAGAUUGUUAUGCCAAUUGUGUCCUUAGAUUUUUUAAAUGUUGAUCGAUCGAAUUCAAAAAAAGUAGUAACAUACAAACGUUUUGACAAUUACAUUAACUUAAACUUCAAAAAUAACGAUACUACAGAGAGGCAGAAACAAAAUUAUUCAUUACCGGUUCUGACUCAAAAUAGUAACAGCAUUAAAUCUGAUCGAAAUGUCUUGGUAUUCAGAAUAGAUAUGAAAAAUAUUAAGGAAUUAUUUGUUACAUUAAGCGAUUCAACACAUGAUUUACGUUUUGCAUGGUUAAGAGAUAAAAGACCAGAUAUUAAAUUAAUGAAAAAUUCAAAAUAUAUAGUUAACUUAAAAGCUGGCGAAGACAAUGAAUUCACAUUAAAAACAUUAAAUCAGCAUCAAAAUGAAAUUCAUUACAUUGGUGUAUCAGCUAUCACAACUAGGCAAACAACACGGAGUAAUGUAAAUUAUGCCAACUUUUCAAUGGUCAUGUUUAGUCCACAUUGCUUGUAUUGGAGUGGAACAAAAUGGGCACCCGAUGGAAUAGACAUUGGUUUAAACACUACAGAAAAUAAUAUCCACUGUCAAACUAACCAUUCAUCGAUGUUUAGUAGUUUAUUUAAUACUUUACCUGAUGUAGUAGAUACAAUUAAAGGAAUUAAUCAUGCUGAUUCCAUAGUAAACAAUAUGGUUUGUCUAAUUACAGUUUUAGUAGUAUUUUUAUUAUAUACAAUAUUAUUCAUCUGGUCAAAAUAUCAGGACAUAAAAGAUGUAUCAAGGGGUGAAAUUGUAAUUCUCCAUGAUAACUACCCAGGAGAAGAUGAAGUUUAUUUAGUGACUGUUUACACGGGAUACUUUGCUGAUGCUGGAACUACAGCUAAUGUAUGCUUUCAAUUGCACGGAAAUAUUAGCAGCAGUAGAGUGCAUUGGUUAUACAAUCCAAACUGUGAUGUUUUACAGCGUUUCAAUGACGAUUGGUUUAUCAUUUUUACACCAAAAAAUCUUGGGGAAUUAAAGUCUAUUCAUAUAUGGCAUGAUAAUUAUGGAAAAAAUCCUAACUGGUAUUGUAAACGUAUUGAAGUUACUGAUGUACGGAAAAGAAAAAAGUGCAAUUUUAAUGUCGAAAGAUGGUUUACGAUUUUAAACUCUAUUGAUAAUAUCGAGCACUCUAUUUUCUUAGUAACAUCUAAUGAUUGGCAAACAAAAGCUAUAGAUGAUGUUAGAUUAACUAUACGUGAAGAAUAUCUAUGGGCAAGUGUAUUUAUACGUCAUCCAAGAUCUUUAAUAACACGGUGUCAAAAAUUGAGCAGAAUAAUAUGUUUAUUAUUAAGUGCGAUGGUAAUAAGCUUAUUAUUUUAUGAUUUUGUAGACAAUGAUGAAGAACAUUUUUUAAAAUUUGAAAUAACACUUUCUCAAAUUUAUAUUUCAAUACAAGGCAGUUUAAUACACUUAUUAAUGACAUUUAGCACUACUUAUUGUUUUAAUAAAGGUUCUAACUUCGAAAAGUAUAUUGCUGUUGAAGAAGUGGAAAUGAAUUUUAAGACGAUAAAAAAACCUUGGUGGAGAAAAUUAUUAGAUAAAAUUGUUCCGAGAAAAGUAGUUUAUUUGCCUGCUCAGAUGGACGAAAAAAGUAAUAAAAAUACUGGAAUAAAUUAUUGGCUUUUAGCUGGAUGGACAUUAUGUUUACUUAUAUAUGGUUUAUCGACUGUUUUAAUCAUUACCUUUGGAUUGAAAUUAGGACAAGUGAAAAGCUUACACUGGUUAAUGACAAUACUAAUAACGGUUCUACAAAACGCAUUAAUAUCUGAACCUUUGCAAAUAAUAAUAUUUAGUUAUAUUAUAUUUAAACUCGAUCAAGGACAACAUCAUAUAUUAUUAAACAACUAUACAAUUUAUUUGAAUAAUUUCCGUGAAAAUACUAAGAAUCAAUUACAGAAUAUUCGAUUUGUCCAAAGUAUAAGAGAAUGUAGAAAAAGAUAUGUGUAUAGUCCAAUGACACGAAAAUCUGCUCAAAUUUUACAAGCUAAAUACAAAGAUAAAUUGCGAAAUGCAAGUUUUCAAGAAAAUGUUGCUACAUGCCUAUUACUAAUAGUAAUAUCAUUAGUUUGUAUUAGCGCUUUAUAUUCAUUUAACAGCCCCAAACAUAUUGUGCAUGUCAAUAAUAUUAACAAACUAUUUAUCAAAAGCAUAUUACAAACAAAUAUAAUGGAUUUGGAAAUGAUGAAAGCAUUUUUAACUGGAUCGUUUUUAAACCCUUUUCAUAUCAGAGAAUACUAUAAUGGAAUACCAUUAGUCAAUAAAUCAAUGUUAUUUCUAAACGAAGAUAAUGCAAGAGGUUGGUGUAGUUUUUACAACAGUAAAUUAGUAAAUGGUGGAAUCAGACUAAAACAAAAUAGAAUCACAGAAAAUAACUUGAGAUGGGAAAAUGAUAUAGGCAGUUAUAAAGAAGGAUGGAUAAAAAUUACCAAUAUUGAAGAGGUUACAGCUUGGAUAUAUAGAUCUAUACCUGUAAUCAAAUAUUUUGGACUAUGGUUUCCUGAUACAAACAACUCUGGAUUUAUAUUAGAUUUAACUGGACAACUAUCAGAGUAUAAACAAAAAAUAAACACUCACUUAGAAAAUGGAUGGUUGGAUAAUAGAACGAGAAAUCUAGUUAUAGAAUUUCAUACAUACACACCUGGUAUAGAUUGCAUUACAGUGUUCAAAAUAAAAUUCCAAACUUUAUCAGGACUAAUGUAUACAAUACAUAGUGAAGUUUGGUCGGUGCCUUCGAGUUCGGCGAUCGUUACUUGGAACACUUACGUGUUCACGCUGGUGUUCAUGUUUGCGUACGCGUUGACGGCCGUGCGACUGAUGGUGUCGCUGAAACACAUGGUGUCCGCCGAGCACGACCACGGCGGCGGGGUGUACCGGCUGCUGUGCGCGGCGUACGAGUGCGCGGUGCUGGUGGUCGUCAUGUGCGCCAUGUUCGCGGUGACCGGCCGCUGGAAGCUGAUGGAGUUGGCGCACGAGCGGUACAUGUCGGCCGGGGAGACGGCGAUCGUCAGCAGCAUGACGUACAUGUGUCAGGCCCACGAACACUUGGCCGCACUGGCGUCCGUCACCGUGGCCAUGGGGCUGUUCCGCACGUUCCAGCUGGUCAUGUACGAGAGACGGGUGUCGCACGUGGCCAGGGCGCUGGGCGCGUCCGUGAAGCCCGCGUCCGCCGUGGCCGCGUACAGCCUGAUCGUCACGUACGGCGCCUGGUCCGGCAUGUCCGGCGGCGACGGUUACGGGUUCUUCAACGCGUUCGUUUUGGCCCGAGUCGGCGGGCGGUCAACAAUGGCCACAGCUGUCUCGGCCACAGCGUUCCUGCUGUUAAACGCCGCCGUCGUGUCGAUCAUCACCAAGCGAUACGUCCUGUCCAAACUUUACACGCGAAAAUGACCGGACGUGCCGUGUACACCGCACCAGUGUUGCUGUUGCGGUCCGUGCGCCGUUCAACGAUGUUAUUAUAUUAUUUACUACCUAUUUACAUAUUUUUACUAUUCAUAACUACCCGUUAUUCUAUAUUAAACUUGUUAUUUAAGUAUUUCAUAAUAUUGCAUAUAUUAUUAUCAAUGAUAUCAAGACGCCGCCACGUCCCUCAAUUUUGGUAUUGAGCAUUAUUAUAUUAUACGUUGAGAACAAUAAAUAUUUAUAUGAUUAUACAUACUCGAUGGAUUAAAUUCUAAGGCGCCCGUACAGAUAAUUAAUAAUGGUUUGUACAGAGUGAAAUUACGUAUAAGAGUGGAAAAUUAAUGACAUUUAUAUGAAUGUUCUUCAAUAGUUUUUAUUUUUUAAACUCCAUCGAUUAUUAUAUAAAUAUUCGUAGUUUUAGUUACUAGCUCAUUACAAUUUAAAUGAAACGGAAAACGUAAUUUUGACGACAACAAAGAAAUCACAAUAUAAGGACAAGUACCUAUCGGAAAAAAAAAUGAAAAAUAUUUGAUUUUGUGACAUUGUAUGCUAGAAAAUAAUAUUAUAUUCGUGUACAGAGAAAGUUAGCCCAAAUAAAGCUCGAAACAAAUAUUUAACGUUUUUAACACCUUGAUAUUU